AUGAAGGCCUGGAGUCUGCUCCACCCAUUGCUGGUGCUGCUGCUACUGCUGCUGUGCCCAACCCUGCUUCUGCAAGCUGCUUCGGCCUCCGUGCCUGCCUAUGCCCCGGGCCUCCACCCGCAACACAAGGUCCUCCACCUGGACUGGCCCAAGGACUGCGGCCUGGCCCACUUUAAGCCCAACACGGCGGAACGCAUCGUCUCCGGCAACGAAGCCAGGCCUCACUCCUGGCCCUGGCAAGUCUCACUGCAGGUUCGUCCCAGGGGCAGUAAGCACUACAUCCAUGUGUGUGGAGGGACUCUGAUUCACAAGACCUGGGUUCUUACUGCUGCUCACUGUUUCCAGAAGGGGAAGGCCGAGGAUCCUGGAAGCUGGCGUAUCGUCGUGGGGAAGCACCAGCUGAAGCGCUCCGAGACACCGGAGCGCAUGUUCCCUGUCAAGCGCAUCUACCGGCACGAGCGCUUCCGCUACCCGGCGCACAGCGAGCUGGACUACGAUAUCGCCCUGGUCAAGGCCGGCACUGACAUCCAGCCCAGCAACUUCGUCCGCUACGCCUGCCUGCCGCGCAAGCAGAUCAACCUGAAGCCCGGACACUACUGCUGGGUGACUGGCUGGGGUGAUACACGGGGUGGGAAGGAGAACGUGUCGCUGGCCGAGGCCCUGAACCAGGCUCGCCUGCCCAUCAUCGACUACAAGACAUGCCGACAGAAGAAGUUCUGGGGGGACCGUGUGCGCGACUCCAUGAUCUGCGCAGGGUUUAGGGACACAGAGGGGCCCCCUGCUGCCUGUCAGGGUGACUCUGGCGGUCCGCUGCUGUGCCAACUGGACCGGGACCGCUGGGAGGUGCAUGGCGUGGUGAGCUUCGGGCCAAUCGGCUGCACCGUGGAGAACAAGCCCAGCGUGUUCACCCGCACCGCCGCCUACAUCCCCUGGAUCGAGGCCACCAGGAUCAGAGAUUUCUUCAUGCACUGAUCCUUCCCUCCAUCCAUUUCCUUAACCUCUCUCAUCCCCUUACACACACACUCUCUCUCUCUCCACCCCUGCUCUGUUCACCUGUAACGCAGGGCUUGAAACCUCCCCGCCACUAGGGGGAGCUGUGCUUGCGCUCUGAUUAGAGGGAGGUGCAGGUUGCAGUCAACGAUUGUAGUCCCUUCACCCCACCAUCCGUUCCACGCCUCUUUCUUCAUGGAGGGCGGGGUCAACAUCACCAUAGCAACAGUUGCUUCGGUUACCGCAUGAUGCCUGUAGGACUAUGUUGCGCUCUGCUGUUUUAGCUUCUCUGCGUGUCGCCAGAGACCCUGGAACACAUCUAGAACCCGACGCCCAUCACCUCCCAUGCUAGCAUACUGCCGUUGCCAAACGUGCAUGCUGUUCCCCUUCCUUCUUUUCGCUCCGUCUCUGGUGAGCAAACGAGGGGUCAUCCAACCCCUUCAGGUGCAACCGAGGAAGCCGCCGCUGCAGGAGAAUUGUGCGCUCGCCUCUGUAUCCAGACCAUGACUUUCUCAUUCCUGUUCAGCCAGUAGUUUUCACAGCAUAUACAGAUCUCUGUAGGUGUUCCAUGUAGUGAGUUUUCCUACCAGAACAGCUUUAGGCCUAUACGUGAAAUCAAAAUAGAACAAAACAAAAUAUUUAUUGUUCACGCUAUUCUCAAACACCAACCAAAUGUUUCCUCGUCAUCCAUGUCUCCGUAUGCUGCAGCCACUGCAGAUGCUCUGUUGAACUGAUUUGAUUUGGAUUUGAUACUUUACUUUACUGUCCCCGUUUGGACAUUUGCUCUGGGCUCUCCGUCCUGCAGUUCCUCAAAAUGUACAUAAGACAUUUUACAACACAGGGCUUUCAUACACAAACAUCCGGGUUUGAAUGUGCAACAUUUGUCACAACUGUGUGCUGUACAUUAGCGCAGGCUUGUAUAUUUCAGAUUAUUUUGUCAUAACCUACAAUGGACACGCUAAGGACCAUUUUCAGCUCAUUGUCUACUUGAGAUAGGAAAAGGGCAUUUUCCCUCUUGGGGAGUUGCCGAAACACGGACUGUAAAUGCUAUUGUUUGCACAUAAGCUGUUCAUCAAUCAUGUGUUCGCCACGGAGAUGGCAACUUGGAGUCACCUAGUGUUGUUUAUUCAGUAACAAUGUAACCAUGAACUAUGAUCACAUAAAAACACAACCGGCGUCUAAUUCUUAAUAAAUCACUACA